CUCUGUCCGACACUAUUUAAAUGUGAACGCUGUAUUUAAGUUCAUUCAGUGAGGCAGGAGUUGGACCUGUCAGACCUUUCUCUAGUCGCUUUUUUCGUGAUUCAGUUCAGAUGAAGAUGCAUCUGCUUGUCAUCUCUGCACUGCUUGUGUUCAGUUUUCCGUUCAUCACACCUGAAGUUGUAGAUUCGUUCAGUAAAUGCAGUCAGUUUUUUCUAAAUGGAGAGCCUCCGGUGAUUUCUGGCCUUCUCGAGGGAUCAGUCUCACUGAAUGACAAUCACAAGAUCAUCUGUCAAAAAUAUCAGAAUCUUUACACAUUUGCAACUUUCUACAGUAUAAAAUUUUCAGAAAGAUUGCCGCACAGGAUUCCCGUUUUUUCAGCCUACAAAUAUACUGGAAGUUACAAAGGGAGACCACGUCUAUCAUGGAUGAUCGAGCCACAGCUUGAAUCUUCAGAUAAUAGUGAAAUGCGUGCACCAUGUGUCAAUCAGGCUGAAGCAGGGGACUACUAUACUAAAGAUAUAUACAAUAUAUCUCGUGGCCACUUAUUUCCUAAUGGUCAUGCAGCGGACAACAUCACUGCUGAAUCUACAUUCACCCUGACCAACAUUGUGCCGCAGGUGACAAGCUUCAAUAAUGGGAGCUGGGUCCGUAUGGAGCAAAAGGUUAGAAGUAUCAUAGAGUCUGAUUGCCGGGACAGAAAUAACCCUGAGAAGACUCUAGCCUAUGUUCUGACGGGAGCUGUGCCAAGCAAAAGCAAUUUCUUGCGAAAAAGAGUCAACAUUCCCACACACAUGUGGACAGCAUUCUGCUGCUAUAACAGCACCGGACACACAUGGGUAUCUCAGGCUCACUGGGGUGAAAACAAACGUGAGGGAAACCCUAUAGAUAUCCCUACAAGAUCUCUGGAUAAACUGGAGCAGUUUUUGAAGAAACAAUAUAACAGAAAUUACAAACUGUUCAAAAACAACUGCUUUCAAACACAACUAAUUAAAACAUUGCACAUAGACUAAGCAGAAUCUGUGGUGAUCCACCUCAGGGUUUUACCCUAAGACCAUUACAAUUUCUGCUCAGUAUACUGUGUGUGUAAAACUAGUUUGUAUUGAAACUUUUCUUGAAAAUAAACCUGAUUAUCUGAACUAACAUACAUUACAAGUUACAGUUGAAGUCAGAAUUAUUAGCCGCCCUUUGAAUUUUUUUAAAUAGGAAUUUUUUUAAUAUUUCACAAAUGAUGUUUAGUACAAAUCAUGUCCUUAAAGGUACAAACUGCAAUUUUACAAAUUUGAUUCUUUGUCUUAAGGUACAAUUCUGUUCCAUAAAAAGGUACUGCCUCAGUGACAUGGGGUUUGUACCUUCUUUGGUACAACAUUGUACCAUAUUUUCUGAGAGUAUAUAUAUAUAUAUAUAUAAGGUAGUAGUAUAUAGACUUGUGUGCUUUAGCUGAGUGAAUACAGUGAAUGUACAUGUAAUUCUGAAGAAAGAAGAGAAAUAAAAAUGCCCUUUUUCUAUUCCA